AUCUCACCAUUUCUGCAUUGAACUCGUGGAAUUGCGUACUGGGAACACAACAGGGUGUAGAAGGAGGAGCAUGCAAAUUUCACUGCCACCCUGCUUCCGCCGUGGGAUUGCAUCUGCACAAUCAACCAUAAUCUGAGAUGAGAGCAUUCAGAGCACUUCUUCAGCUUAACACUCUCUCCAACCUCGUUUCCUCCACGCGCCUCACUCUCCACCUUCCCAGGAAUAAUCAUGUGCUGAACAAGAGCUUAUUGUUGUGGGAUGCAACUGCAAAUGCAACGUUUACUGGUAGUUCUCAAGUCAGGAAGAUUUGGACUACCUCAUUUGUUUGUAUGGGCAGGCGUUCCAGCAAAAUUGCUCGCAGAAAGGGAACCCAAGAUGUAAAAAGGGCAAAGCUGUACUCAAGGAUUGGAAAGAAAGUUGUGUCUGCUGUAAAGAAAGGUGGUCCAAAUGUAGCAACAAAUUCAGACUUGGCUGCUGUGCUUGAGAAAGCAAAGGAGCUUGACGUGCCUAAAGAUAUUAUUGAGCGUAACAUCAAAAGAGCAUCUGAGAAGGGACAAGAGGCUUAUAUUGAGAAAACCUAUGAGGUAUAUGGCUAUGGAGGAGUUAGUAUAGUAGUUGAGGUAUCAACUGAUAAAAUAAAUCGUUCGGUGGCAAAGAUUAGGGAAGUGGUAAGGGAUUAUGGAGGAAAGAUGGCAGAUCCUGGAUCUGUGAUGUUUAAGUUUAGACGUGCUCGGGUAGUAAAUAUUAAAGUCACCAAUGCUGACAAAGAUCAGCUGCUUGCUAUUGCUUUAGAUGCUGGAGCUGAGGAUGUAAUUGAUCCUCCAACUUACGAAGAAGACACUGAAGAGGAUGAGUCAGAAAGAUAUUAUAAAAUUGUGGGUUCUUCGGAGAACUACUCAUCUAUACUAUCGAAACUGCGAGAGGAGGGCAUAGAUUUUGUGCCUGAUAGUGGUUCUGAGCUUCUUCCAAAUGCCACAAUUGAGGUAGACGAUGAGGCUAUGGACUUGAACAAGGAACUUAUGAGCAAUUUACUUGAACUUGAUGACGUUGAUGCUGUUUAUACAGACCAGAAAUAGUCAUUUUUUUUAUCUUCAAAAGCUUCCAGUAGACAGCUCAACGUUAUUCUUCGCUACAGGGAGUUCAUAUGACAUUAUGUACCUGGUCUAUUUGCAAAAUGAAAAUUUGGUUUUAAAUUUUUUGGGGAUUCCUCUGGUGAGAAGAUUGUAUUUCUAGUCUAAGCACAUGCUCGGUCUAAUAAUCUGAUUUUGUUUUUUCUUGCGAGGGUAGCUAGAAGCAUGUUUCUGGUAAGUGAAUUCAUUUUGAAGUUUUUAUCCAAAAUAGAGGAUAUUUAAAUUAUUUAUUUCCUUAUAUAACAAAUUGACAAAUUCCAACAAUAAUAAGACAAGGUAAAUCUUGUUUCCUUCU